AUGGAACCACAAUUUCGGGGUUCUUCUCCCAAAUUCAGAGUGAAGCGAACCAUCACCACCAAGCAACAAUCAGUAACGGAUUCACCAAAAGUGGUAACGAUUUCAAUGACGGAUUGGGAUGCGACUGAUUUUUCAAGUGAUGAAGAAAACUCACAAUUGGGUCGCCGGAAUAUCAAAAGGUAUGUUAGUGUGAUUAACUUUGAAGAGAAUUGCUGUGGGAAAAUCUUGAAGGAAAAUGGUGGUGAUGUUUGUAAGAAGAAACAGAGUCGUCGGAAAAAGGAACCAGCGGCCACGGCUGGGGUUGAAGCAGGGAGAGGUUCGGGGAAUGAGCGGAGGUUUCGCGGAGUAAGACAGCGGCCGUGGGGGAGGUGGUCAGCGGAGAUUCGUGAUCCGGUGAGGCGGGCGAGAGUUUGGUUGGGUACUUACGAUACGGCGGAGGAGGCGGCGUUAGUUUAUGAUCGUAGAGCAAUUGAAUUACGUGGGUCGCAAGCUUUGACGAAUCUACUACAGCCACCGCCACCGGAAACACCGGAAAUUACUCCGGUCUCGAUCCCUGAACAAUACUCCGGCAAUGAGUCGCCUGAUCUUUCCUCUCCGACCUCUGUUUUACGUUUUGACAAAACGGAAGAUGCUUCUGAAAAUCAGUUAGAACCGAAACAAACCGACGAAGCACUUGCCAGCAAUCCGUCUUCCCAUGAAUAUUUGAAUUACGAUUCAAAUUUCCACGAUGAUAUCUUCGAUUUUCGGAUACCUUCUCCGAUAAUUCUCGAAGAAGUUAAUUUUCCAGAGAAAAUCGGAAUGGAAUCAAGCGAAAUCUUGUCGGAAUUGGACGUUGAUGUGAAAUCGUGGGCUUGGGAUGUUGAUAGUUUCUUCCAAGAUCCUCACUUUUAG